AUGCAGGUUGAAGUCGACCCUAAGGAGGAUACUGAGUGGAACGAUAUCCUCCGUCAACAUGGUAUCAUUCCAGAGAAACCCAAAGAUCCAGAACCUCUUAUUCAAGAGGCUCUGAUCGCUGCUCAGCACAGGGCGCACGAGAACCGGCUCGAGGACAAGGACCUCGACGAGCUGGACGCACUGGAGGAUGAAGAAGAUGAAGAGUUCCUUGCAAGCUAUCGGGACAAGCGACUCGCCGAACUCUCCACGCUUCAAAAGACCAGCCUCUUCAAUCAAGUGUACCCGCUGCAAAAGGUAGAUUAUGCCCGGGAGGUCACGGAGGCAUCGAACAGUGCUUAUGUUCUGGUCAACCUCACCUCAAUGGGCGGGAAUGUUGAAUCGCGCGUAUUGACAGAGCUCUGGAGGCAACUGGCAGCUAAAUUCGGUGACAUCAAGUUCUGCGAAAUUCGCGCAGACAUGUGUAUUGAAGGAUAUCCGGAGAAGAACACGCCCACAAUCCUGGUGUACAAGGACACCGAGAUUAAGAGGCAGCUUAUCACGCUGCAGCAAUUGAAGGGUCCCCGGACCAAGGUCGAAGACAUUGAGCGUCUGCUCGUUGACCUUGGUGCUCUGAAGGAAGGUGAUGUUCGUCUGAAGAAACGGGACGACGAGGACGACUACAAACAAGAUGAUGAUUUGAACGUUGAAGAUUAUGAUGAUGACUGGGAUUGA